AUGGCCAACGGCAGUGGCGGCAGUGGCGGCGGCGGAGGGUUCGAGGCACUGCAAAACGUGGCGCCCAACGUUUUUCCGCCCAUAUACAUACCGGCCGGGCCUGGGUCUAACGGCACUAAUGCCACCAACUAUAGCGAGGCCAUAGAGCGAGAAUACGUCGAGGACUACGUUUUCCAGUCCGCUUUCUCGUUCGUCUAUCUGCUCAUAUUCACGCUGGGCGUGUUCGGCAACGUGCUAGUCGUGUACGUCGUGUGGGCCAACAAGCACAUGCGCACCGUCACCAACAUAUUCAUCGUCAACCUGGCCGUGUCCGACAUCAUGCUCUGCGGGCUGGCCGUGCCGUUUACACCGCUCUACACCUUCACCGGUGAGUAA